UCCCUGUACGUCCUCAGGGCUCACCUGCAGUGUUCCUCCAUAAUGUGCAUAGGUUGUAUAUUAAGUGCAAAGGACCUUUGAAGUGGGUCACGUGAUUGUUAGUCACAUGAUAAUGUUAUCACAUGUUUAAGUCAUGUGUUUGUUACCCAGAGAGCACCAGGUGACCGGCAGUUGGUCUAUGGGCUCCUUGCUCAGCCCCCCUUGUUUUUCACUUUCUGCUGAAGUCAAGUCCAGUCCAGAUGUCUCAGAGCCAGUGUCCAGCAAAUCUGGAGGCCUCAAGCCUAAAUUACAGCCACAAGUCCGUAAAUUAAGUCAUAUUUAUCUGCUGUCAUCAUCUUCAGUCAAGUCAAGUCAAUCGUGGUCAGCGUGGCCUGCACCUAUAGUCUCUCCAGUCACUGCAAAUCCCAGCAAGCUGCAAGGUCCCCUGUGUUACUGGUCACCUCUCUGGGAUCCUGGCUGAACCGUAUAGACUGUAACACCUGUCUAACCUCAGUAAAAGUUACCGUUAACCUUAAUCUGGCCUUGGACUAUUAAUUGCCUCUGGCUAACCUAGGACUAGCGGUUCUACCUUCGGGUGGUUACAUAGGCAAACCAUGCCCUGGCAGCACUAACAUGAAGGGGUUAAUACAAACUACCCCUGAGCAACACCAUCUGCCCCUUACACUCACACCCCGUGGCUCACCAUACAUUUAUGAUUCCAAACCCACUAAAGCCUCAGUGAUUGUCUGCAGUGUGUUCAGAACAUCAUCAGCAGAGCUGGGAGAGCACAUCAACAGGGGAAGUAGAUAGAGAGCACGGGGUGAGCUGGAGUGCCAGUGCUGGACAUGACAAGACUCACUGGAUUGACAUACACUAAAAGCAGUGGGCUGGAUCCAGCACACUGACAUGUAUAAGACAUUGCUGUGAGUUACUAAAGUCACUUCUAACCAGCCUGCUGAGAAGAGGUCCUGCCUGCAAGAGGAGCAAGUGUUACUUGCAGACAUCUCUGAUCUCUCCAGUGAGGAAUUCAGCUAAGCAAAUAGGAUCAAGUGAUUGAAGUGCACUGCUAGACUUUAUCCCGCUCCAACGAAACUUUGUGCAGUUACCCAAGAAGAAGAAGAAUGAACAACUGGGGGUAUGCCGACCACAAUGGUCCUGAAGUGUGGCACGAAUUGUUUCCUGUUGCUAAUGGAGAGCGCCAGUCGCCUAUUGACAUCAUAACUAAAGCUGCCACCUAUGAUCCUUGUUUGCCACCUUUCUCCACUGACUAUGAUCCAUCCUCAGCAAAAGUUAUUAUAAAUAGCGGUCACACAUUCAGUGUUGAGUUUGAUGAUGGAGAAGACAAAUCAGUGAUAAGAGGUGGACCACUACAUGGCAGCUACAGAUUGCGCCAAUUACAUUUUCACUGGGGACCUUGUGACAGUUAUGGAGCAGAGCAUAAACUGGAUGGAAGAGAUUAUCCGGCAGAGCUUCAUAUUGUCCACUGGAACUCAGAAAAAUAUGCAAGCUUUGUGGAGGCUGCUUAUAAGCCAGAUGGAUUAGCUGUUUUGGGAAUAUUUCUAAAGAUUGGAGAACAUAACAAAAACCUAGAAAGAAUUACAAAUGCCUUAGAUGACAUCAACUUUAAGGGCAAACAGUCUCCCUUUACAAACUUUGAUCCAUCAUGUCUUCUCCCGGACUGCAAAGAUUUUUGGACCUACCCUGGAUCACUUACUGUUCCUCCACUGCUAGAGAGUGUGACAUGGAUUGUGUUAAGAGAACCAAUAACCGUCAGCUCUAGACAGUUAUCUCGAUUCCGCUGCCUUUUUGCCACCGAAACAGAUGGAAAUCAAUCAAGUUGUAUGGAAACCAAUCACCGCCCCAUCCAGCCACUGAAAGGGAGGAUAGUUAGAGCAUCAUUCGACAUUACUCACUGACAUGACAGCAUUUUCACCUGUAUAAUAUUGUGUACUGUGUAGAUGUGUACAAAUGUUUCAAAUAAUGUUUUAAA